CAUUCAUCGUAAACACGCGACAUCGGCAGCAGCAGCAUAUCACUGAGCGGCGACGCGACGACAGAAAUCUGAUUUGGUGCAAAAUUUUCGGAGAAAAAACGCAUCAAAAAUGAGUGCAUCACGCCUUUUUCACCUGCAGAAGUUAGCGAAAUCUGCACUGACCAAUCGGAGAGCAAUUUCCGCUGCAUUCACCCUGCCAAGUCGGCUGCUCCAGGCAGAAAGUGGGUCCCUGGCUCCAGUUCUGCGCUCGUCUCGAUGCUUUUCGACGGAGACGGCCCAGGACAAGACCACCGGAUAUCAUUCGAUCAUCCGUGACUCGGAGAAGGCGGUCGGAACGAGCGAUAAGCAUGAAUUCCAGGCGGAGACGCGGAUGCUGCUUGAUAUCGUGGCCAGGUCCCUGUAUUCCGAUAAGGAAGUGUUCAUCCGGGAGUUGAUCUCCAACGCUAGUGAUGCCCUGGAAAAGUUCCGCUACACGAUCCACACGGCUGGCGAGGGGGAGAAGAAUUUCGCGGAAGCUGAUCGGUCCCUGGAAAUUCACAUUGGCACUAAUAAGCAGGAUCGGGUUUUGACCAUUCAGGAUACAGGAAUCGGUAUGACCAAGGAGGAACUGAUUGCAAACUUGGGAACGAUUGCCCGGUCUGGAUCCAAGCAUUUCAUGGAACAAAUUAAGGAGAAGGGAGUCAGCGCAGAUAACGCCCAGAACAUCAUUGGUCAAUUUGGCGUGGGGUUCUAUUCGGCAUUUAUGGUGGCAGAUCGGGUUGAGGUUUUCACGAGAUCGUCCAAGGUUGGUUCACCGGGUUACAAGUGGAGCUCGGACGGUUCUGGAAACUUUGAGAUUCAAGAAGCGGAGAACGUACAGAUUGGAACCAAAAUCGCCAUCCAUCUGAAGGCGGACUGUCGUGAAUUUGCCGAUGAAGAUCGUAUCCGUGAGGUCAUACGAAAGUACAGUAACUUCGUCGGAAGCCCAAUUUUUCUGAACGGAAAGCAGGCAAAUCAGAUUCAGCCCAUUUGGCUGAUGGACCCCAAGGAUGUUACUCAAGAUCAGCACAACGAGUUCUAUCGAUUCGUGGGAAAUACGUUUGAUACUCCACGUUUCACUCUUCACUACAAAACGGAUGUCCCGUUGAGUAUUCGAGCCCUGCUCUACUUCCCCGAGGGCAAACCGGGACUCUUUGAAAUGUCUCGUGAUGCUGACGUGGGCGUUGCCUUGUAUACCCGCAAAGUCCUGAUCCAGUCGAAGACCGAAAAUCUUCUCCCAAAAUGGCUCAGAUUCGUCAAAGGCGUUGUCGACUCCGAAGACAUUCCACUCAAUCUCAGUCGUGAGCUGUUGCAGAACAGUGCCCUCAUCCGAAAACUGCGCACCGUUCUGACCAAUCGCGUUCUUCGAUUCCUCCAUGAUCGAUCCGUGAAGGACCCGGAAAACUACGACAAGUUCUACAAAGAUUACGGUCUAUUCCUGAAGGAGGGAAUCGUCACCAGCCAGGAAACUCAAGAGAAGGAAGAAAUUGCCAAACUCCUACGAUUUGAAACCAGCAAAGAAGAAGGCAAGAAAGUCAGCCUUCCAGAGUAUUGCAACAGCCAGCUGGAAGGACAAAAGGACAUCUACUACUUAGCAGCCCCGAAUCGCACCCUCGCCGAAUCGUCCCCUUACUACGAAUCCCUUAAAAAGAAAGGUUUCGAGGUGCUGUUCUGCUACGAAGCCUACGACGAGUUGGUCCUUAUGCAGCUGGGACAAUUCCUCGGCAAGAACCUCGUCUCGGUCGAAAAGGAAAUGCGACGCUCGGACAAGUCGGACGAAUCCUCCGAUCAACCCAUCGAAGGAUCGCUCCUCAAGACUCAGAUCGACGAGUUGCUUCCGUGGAUCAAGCAGAAGCUCACCGGAAUGGUCACUUCGGUCAAAACGACAACCAAACUGGAUGCGCAUCCUUGCGUGGUGACUGUGGAGGAAAUGGCAGCUGCCAGGCAUUUUAUCAAAACCCAAAGCCACAACAUGAGCGAAGAGCAUCGUUAUGCUCUGCUGCAGCCCCAGUUGGAGAUCAAUCCCAAGCAUCCAAUCAUCAAGAAGCUGCAUAAGCUGACCACAACGGAUCCGGAACUGGCCGAACUGUUGGCCAGGCAGUUGUUCUCCAAUGCCAUGGUCGGAGCCGGUCUUGUGGAAGAUCCACGAAUGCUUCUGACCAGUAUGAAUGAUUUGCUGGAGAAGGUGCUUGACAAGCACUAGAAUGGGAGUGUGCAUUUCGAGGUAUGUGACUUUAUUGUUAGGAAAUUGUCUUACUGUAUGUUGAUGUCGAAAGAAUUGAGGGAAUGAUCACAAAUA